UGUUGAAGUCCUCGGUGACCAGCAGCUCACUGUAGUGAGCUCUCAGAGACACUUUAGCCCACAACUUUUUCACAUCCUCCGCGCUCAGUGUCUGCCGCUUUAAAAAGAGGAAAAAGUAGACAUUUUAUCUCAGUUUGAGACACAUUUGAUCUAUUCUUUCAGGCCAGACUAGACGUGUCGCGCAACAUCCCCACCACCUUUCGUGUUUCUCCCCCUCCGGCAAUCAAACAGUCUGGAUCUUUAACGGGAAAAACAACUCUCUUUGGUGGUCUGUCUGCUGAAUAUUAGGACAAGAUGUGGAAGGAGGUAUGAGCUGACUGAUAAUGAGGUUUAUCUGUGCCUCUAUCAGACACGCUGUGAGGUGCUGUGGUCGUGGAUUCAGCCUGCUCGGUCAUCGCGCUGAAGGGGAUAAUUUGGGAGAAGUCGUGUGAAGCACAAAGAGCUUAUUAACGCCGAGGAUACAACAAGUUUGAAGCAUGCAGCUCCCGUGCUGACAGAGGACUGGUGUUGGAGAGAAAAUACAGCACCGAGGUUUGCUUUUGACUCCUGUUUUUACGAUCAGGCGUACACCACAAACAAAGUUGGACAAUUAGGAGAACUUUCCAGUCUGUGGUAAUAAAACUAUUUCCGCAGUUUCCGCCCUGUGGACGCGCUUUUACAGUCAAAAUCGACUGAUAACCGCACUUAGCUAAAGUGUAUUUUUCUACUGCAGUGAUUUGACCACAGUGCGAGGCUCUCUGAACUGAAGUCCACUUUAAAUGCGGACUGGUUUGCGGUCAGGGAGUGCACAGCAGAGCUGCCAGUGCCAAUUGAUUUUUAAUUCAAGGCAACACAGAAGACUGUUUACUUUUUCCUCAUUUUUAACUCAAACAUUAUGGAGCUGACAUACUGGAGCAUUCUCCUGCUGGGGUGCAUCCUCCUGGAGUGGCUUUUCAUGGCUUCUGCAGAGGAAGAGGUCCUGAUGAACACAAAGACCGAGACUUCUGAUCUCAGAUGGACCAUCUACUCAAACACCAAACCUGAGUGGGAGGAGGUGAGCGGUUUAGACGAGGAGAACAACAGCGUGAGGAUUUAUCAGAUCCUGCAGACGAACAGCUCGUCCAGCCACUGGCUGCGCAGCGGCUUCAUCCAGCGACGGGGAGCGUCUCAGGUUUACGUGGAGCUGCGCUUCACCAUGAUGGAGUGUUCUUCCAGGAGCACCCACCACCGCAGCUGUAAGGAGACGUUUAACCUGUACUACUACCAGGCCGACUCAGACGAGGCCACAUAUACCUACCCACCCUGGAUGGAGAACCCCUACAUCAAGGUGGACACGGUGGCUGCCGACUUUCUCCUGAGGAAGGACGGGGAGAAGAAAUUCAAUGUGAAGACCUUAAGGCUAGGCCCUCUUACUAAGAGAGGCUUCUACUUGGCUUUCCAGGCUCAGGGCGCCUCCAUGGCCCUACUGUCUGUUAGGGUGUUUUUUAAGAAGUGUCCUCCUCUGGUCAGCGCCCUGUCGUCUUUCUCUGAGACAGUCCCACGCACUCUAGUGCAGGAGGCGCAGGGUGUGUGCGUGGAGAACGCUGAGCAGCAGGGGCCCAGACCCCGGCCGCCUAAGCUCUUCUGCGGGGAGGACGGCCAGUGGGUGGGCCAGCCGACGACCUCCUGUGCCUGCAAAGCAGGGUUUGAGCCAGCUGAAGGCAACACAAGAUGCACAGCCUGUCCUGUGGGUCAGUUCAGGUCCGGCACAGAGGAACAGUGCACCGGCUGUCCAGGUUUCAGCCACGCCACCACCAGGGGUUCAUCCGUGUGUGCAUGUCGGCCUGGAUACUUGCGUGCAGAAACAGAUGCUCCUGAUACACCAUGCACUAGACCUCCAUCGGCGCCACGAAGCAUCGUCACCCAGAUCAACGACACAACGCUCAGUCUGGAGUGGAACAGGCCUCUGGAUAACGGCGGCAGAACAGACCUGACCUACGCCGUCAGAUGCUCCGUGUGCCGCUCACCGAAGGGGCCGUGCCUCCCAUGUGGAGACAGCGUCAGCUACCGACCCGCGCAGCAUGGCCUUUUGGGUCGCAGGCUGGAAGUGUGGGGCCUGCUGCCUCACACUACGUACGCCUUCACAAUCCAGGCGCUCAACGGGGUCUCUCAGCUCAGCGGCAAGGACCCUGCCAGCGAAAGUGUCAACAUUACUACAAGCCAUGACGUGCCGUCACUGGUGUCUGUGAUUCGGAAGAGUGACUCCACAGAGAGCAGUCUGACUCUGCACUGGUCGGUCCCAGCUGAGCCUCACUACACCAUCCUGCAGUACCAGAUCCGCUACUGUGAGAAGGAUCGCCGAAUUGAAGAUCAGUGCCACUACACAGAGAGUAACAGGAACCAGGCAGUGCUGACCGACCUCCGCAGGGCCACCCAGUAUGAGGUGCAGGUUCGGGUGCGCACAAUGGCUGGAUAUGGCAGCUUCAGCCCUACAGCUGUCUUCCGCACACUCCCUGAUGGACAAGACGCCGCCUCCCAGUUCUUGGUUCCCGGCAUCCUUAUCGCUGUCGGGAUGCUGCUGCUUGUCACUUUCGUCUUUGUGGCCGCCUACUGCAUACGCAGACACAGCCGACUGAAGGAUCCAGAGCUGGGCGACAAAAACAACCAAUACCUCAUCGGCCAAGGGGUCAAGGUUUAUAUUGACCCCUUCACCUAUGAGGACCCUAAUGAGGCAGUACGAGAGUUCGCCAAGGAGAUUGAUGUUUCUUUUGUCAAGAUUGAAGAGGUUAUCGGUGCUGGAGAGUUCGGGGAGGUGUGUCGGGGACGGCUAAGGGUCCCAGGGAAAAAAGAAAACUACGUAGCAAUUAAGACACUAAAAGGAGGCUACACUGAUAAACAAAGACGCGAUUUUCUGUCAGAAGCCUCCAUCAUGGGCCAGUUCCAGCACCCAAACAUCAUCCACCUGGAGGGCAUCAUCACAGCCAGCUGUCCAGUCAUGAUCCUCACAGAAUUUAUGGAGAACGGAGCUCUGGACUCUUUUCUACGGCUGAACGACAGCCAGUUCACGCCCAUCCAGCUGGUGGGAAUGCUGCGCGGCAUCGCCUCGGGCAUGAAGUACCUGGCAGAGAUGAGCUACGUGCACCGCGACCUGGCUGCCCGCAACAUCCUUAUCAACAGCAACCUGGUGUGCAAGGUGUCUGACUUUGGCUUGUCUCGCUUCCUGCAGGAGAAUUCUUCUGACCCGACGUACACCAGCUCUCUGGGAGGUAAGAUCCCAAUCCGCUGGACAGCACCAGAAGCAAUCGCCUUCAGAAAGUUUACCUCAGCCUCAGAUGUGUGGAGCUACGGCAUCGUCAUGUGGGAGGUCAUGUCUUUUGGAGAGAGGCCGUACUGGGACAUGAGCAACCAGGAUGUAAUCAAUGCCAUAGAGCAGGACUACAGGCUGCCCCCACCCCCUGACUGUCCCACCCACCUGCACCAGUUGAUGCUGGAUUGCUGGCAGAAGGACCGCUCUUCCCGCCCUCGCUUCGCUGACCUGGUCAGUGCUCUGGAUAAGCUGAUCCGUAACCCUGCAUCCCUGAAAAUAGUGGCCCAAGAAGCAGGAGGGCCGUCCUACCCCCUGCUGGACCAGCGCGCACCUUUAGCCCUCUCGUCAUGUGCAUCAGUGGGGGAAUGGCUCAGGGCCAUCAAGAUGGAGCGCUACGAAGACAGCUUCCUGCAGGCCGGCUUCAACUCAGUGGACCAGCUGUCCCAGAUCACCACACAGGAUUUGCUUCACAUGGGAGUAACUUUGGCUGGGCAUCAGAGGAAAAUUCUCACCAGCAUCCAGACAAUGACCUUUCGGAACAAGAGCACUACAACUGUGACCUUCUAGCUCGCCCGUCUCCUGACCUGGACGUGACCACCAGCGCACAGGAGCAGCUGUAUACCGAGAGCACUCUGGGUCAUCUCUUGUGACCCAUGGACUCUGAGAGAGAUUGGCCGAAUUUCUUAAUCACGAGGAAAAAAAAAUAUAAAAAAAAAAGAACAAAGAGGACCUUUGGAUCAGGAUGAGCGAGUCUCUUCCAACAGUGACCAUGAGGCUGAAGUGACGUAAAGAAAACAGACCAAUUUUUACAGUUUGUGGUCAGUGUUUUUAUAUCUUCCUCGAAGUUAUGACCCAAUUGUGCUAAACAAAGAGGACAGAGUUUACAACAUUUGUGUAUUAUCAUGUCAAUUUAAAAACUGGCAGUUGACUGGAUUGUUGUACCUAUUAAAAAAAUUACUCAGCCAAAGGAGAGAAGAAAUGCCAGUGCCAGUCCAAGGAUUUCAGUGUUCAUAUUGUUGUCUAAUUAUGAAUGCUUUCAUCCUGGGUGUCUCACAUUAAAUUCCAUCUGGAUUACAUACACUUCCACAUCAAGAGUGAACAUUUUAACCGUUGGAUUUUGCUUCCUUAUCAUUUGGAUUCAACAUUACCUCCUCUUAACUCAGGUGUGAUGUGUAACAGAGACUUUGGAGAGUGUUGUUUCUUGGCAUCAACGGAUUUAUCUUCCAUUGUUUGGCUCUCCAUUUCCAGCUCCACAUGUGAAGCGAAGAAAGACACAAAAACAUAUCAGCACUUUUAUCAUUUCAAAGUGAUUUGUAAUCUUCGGUAACUCCAUGUGUUCCUUGUGGAGUGUGGUUGGGUAUUUCUGCUGCCUGUGUUUCUGCUGGCAGCUCACUUUCAUCAAAGUCAGACUGAACAAGGACCAAGUGGACUCAGAGACCAGAGAACACUGUAGAAUUGGUUUUCUUCCUUCAUAUUUCCUAAGGAAGCAAUCUGGCCUCAGACUUGUUUGUCUUGAUAUAACGGAUACAUUUUUAAUUCUUAUGCUGUAUUCUCCAUCUUCCAGUGCCAUUCAGAUCUUUGUGUACUUUAAUGCCAUUUUUAUAAAGCAGAAAUCUUUUAUGAGUGA